AACCGGAGCCACUGCGCCAGAGAAGACACAGCGCGACCGCAGCAAAGCAGCCUUCGCUUCGCUUUCCUCGCCGCGUGACUGACUGACCGCGAAGCCGCCGUGAACCCUCCUCGCCUCCUCCCCGCCCGCGCUCCAGCCUCGCCGCGCUCCCCUCUCCCACUUGCGCCGACAUCCGAGCCCCGACUCCAAUUCGCACCCGAGGCGCUCUCCCCUUCCCAUCCCCAUCGCUCGCGCUCGCGCGUCUCGUGCCCACGCCACGCCGCGACUUCCUCCCCCUAAAACCCGAGCGAGGCCGAGGUACAUGCGAGAGCGAGAGUGAUCGGCCUCCCCGCGGCGCCCGCGCCGAGAGUGUGAUGGGCAACACGUGCGGCGUCACGCUUAGAUCCAAGUACUUCGCCAGCUUCCGCGGCAGCCCGUCGCAGCGCCGCGACGCGGCGGGGUACGCACCCGUCGCCGCCACCGCGGCCGCCGAUGAGCAUGAGCCAGCGCCGCACGGGAACGGGAAGCGAGCCACGCGUCCGGGCGAGGCGAGAGCGGCGGCGGCGGCGGACGGCUCAGCCCCGCCCCCCGCCCCAGGCAUGCGGCGCGGGGUGCCGGCCCCCGCCGAGCUCACGGCCAACGUGCUGGGCCACCCGACCCCGAGCCUCCGCGACCACUACGCGCUCGGCCGCAAGCUCGGGCAGGGGCAGUUCGGCACCACCUACCUCUGCACGGACCUCGCAACGGGCGUGGACUACGCCUGCAAGAGUAUAGCCAAGAGGAAGCUCAUCACCAGGGAGGAUGUCGAGGACGUGCGCCGCGAGAUCCAGAUUAUGCACCACCUGGCCGGCCACCGGAACGUCGUCGCCAUCAAGGGCGCGUUCGAGGACCAGCAGUACGUCCACAUCGUUAUGGAGCUCUGCGCGGGCGGGGAGCUAUUCGACCGUAUCAUACAGCGUGGGCAUUACAGCGAGCGCAAGGCGGCGGACCUCACGCGCAUUAUCGUUGGGGUCGUGGAGGCGUGCCACUCGCUCGGUGUUAUGCACAGGGAUCUCAAGCCCGAGAACUUCUUGCUCGCGAAUAAGGAUGACGAUAUGUCGCUCAAGGCCAUCGACUUCGGCCUCUCCGUGUUCUUCAAGCCUGGUCAAAUAUUUACCGAUGUUGUGGGAAGCCCUUACUAUGUAGCUCCAGAAGUGCUGCGCAAACGAUAUGGACCAGAAGCUGAUGUGUGGACAGCUGGAGUGAUUCUUUACAUACUGCUAAGUGGUGUACCGCCAUUUUGGGCAGAGACACAGCAAGGAAUUUUCGAUGCUGUUUUGAAAGGUGUAAUUGAUUUUGAUUCAGAUCCCUGGCCUGUGAUCUCUGAGAGUGCGAAGGAUCUUAUAAGAAGAAUGCUGAAUCCGAUCCCAUCAGAGCGCCUAACAGCACAUGAAGUUCUAUGUCAUCCAUGGAUUAGUGACCAUGGAGUCGCUCCUGAUCGUCCUCUUGAUCCAGCUGUCCUGUCUCGCAUCAAACAGUUCUCAGCGAUGAAUAAGUUAAAGAAGAUGGCUUUGCAGGUAAUUGCUGAGAGCCUUUCAGAGGAGGAGAUUGCAGGGCUCAAGGAAAUGUUCAUGGCAAUGGAUACAGAUAAUAGCGGUGCAAUUACAUAUGAUGAACUGAAAGAAGGAUUGAGAAAGUAUGGUUCCACAUUAAAGGAUACUGAAAUUCGUGAUCUCAUGGAGGCGGCAGAUAUAGACAACAGUGGGACCAUUGAUUAUAUAGAAUUCAUUGCUGCUACAUUGCACCUCAAUAAACUGGAGCGUGAGGAACAUCUAGUUGCAGCAUUUUCGUAUUUUGACAAAGAUGGCAGUGGUUACAUUACUGUGGAUGAGCUUCAACAAGCGUGCAAAGAGCAUAACAUGCCAGCUGCUUUUCUUGAUGAUGUGAUUAAAGAAGCUGACCAGGAUAAUGAUGGGCGCAUUGAUUAUGGGGAAUUUGUUGCCAUGAUGACAAAGGGCAAUAUGGGAGUUGGGAGGAGGACAAUGAGAAACAGCUUGAAUAUCAGCAUGAGAGACACGCCUGGUGCCCUCUGAAUCCAAGAAAUUUGUUGCAAUAUGAGAGACAACGCCUGGUACAGGCUGCGGAGGGCGUCUUCCAAUCCCUUCCUCCACGGAUUCUGCCUACAUUUUUUGGUUGCUAUAUCUGUUGAAGCAUUGUAGGGGCGUGUUCCAGGAAUUCAGGCACUGUAGGGUAACUCCUGUUUCCUCGGUGAGAAGUAUGAAAAUUAUUAUCCAUUAGUUGGAUUACAAAUGUUCAUAGACGUCGGACGUGUUUGGUUUUCUUACUCCCUUGCCGCGCUUAACCCUAGCUGGUCAAGGAUACCCUCGCCAGCUGAGGCAGGCCGAAUCGGCUCACCUGAGCAAGCAAGGAAAAAGCUUGACAGCACGGAAACGAGGCAGAUGGUAAAGAAUCCAAAAUUCCAAACAGUCUGGAUUUUGUCUAGACAGGCUGAGGCAAGCGCUGGCGAGGAAACCAAACGUGCCUGUUGCCCUUCCACUAAUUGCAAGUUUUCAUAUGGAGCUGGACAAAAAAUGUCUCGACCUGUAAACGUGGAUAUUCAAUAUAAAAAGGAGGAAUUUCAAGCUGGCUUAAGCAUAUGUAAUUCCGAAUAAUUUGCUUUCAAUUAUUUAUCAUGUAA